CAACAUACCGGUGAUGAGCCAAGCAAGCUAUCUUUCAGACAGCUUAAAGAGAUGACAAAUGAUUUCGCGAAGGAGAUUGGACGUGGUAGCUUUGGUAUAGUUUACAAGGGUGUCGAUACAAAUGGGAAAGAGAUUGCUGUUAAGGUAAUUAAGAUCACAGGAAUUGAUGACAGCUUAUUUCAGAAAGAGUUCCAGAACCUUAAGAGGCUCAAGCAUCCAAAUAUUGUGGAGCUAGUAGGCUUCUGCAGUGAAACAGAAAGUUUUGUUGCAGAAUAUGAAGGAAAGCUAGUUACUGCUGAAGACAUACAUACGGCGCUCUGCUUCGAGUAUGUAAGCAGCGGUAACCUUGGCAAGCAUCUACACGAUGAACACACAGGACUUAGUUGGCAGAAGCGUUACAAAAUUAUUAAGGGUAUCUGUGACGGUCUGAAAUAUCUCAGUGAUGGUUUGGAGUUUUCUGUAUGGCAUUUGGACUUAAAACCUGAUAAUAUCUUGUUGGAUCAGAACUUGGUACCCAAAAUUGCGGACUUUGGUUUAUCAAGACUCCUGGGUGAAGAUAAAACAAGGAAGUCGAUUCAUUCUGUAGGAACACAGUAA